CGAUGAAGUGAUUUCCUCGAUUUUGCCUGUUUACGACGAUUGUUUAACUGUUUUUCACAAGUCACUCCGUGAUUGGUUGACGUAUGAUGCAUGGUUAUAAACAACAUGCUUUUACUGUUGAGAUGUUUGAUGAAACUAUUUCAUUGAGUAAUUUGUCCAGCUUCAAGCCAUUUCCUUCCUCAAGGUAUGGAAUUUCUCAUAUGAUCCAGUCUGGUAGCGAAACCGGUUACCAUUUGUCAGUUGAUGUCCAUGUCAAAAUUCUCCAUGCCAGGACAACGAUUCACCCACACCGAUUUCACGAAAUUAGAGACGAAUGGCGUGAAAUCGUUAAGAAUUCAAGUUCAAGGAGCGAACUUUUGCAGGAGUUAGACUGACAUAUCAGGCUUUUACAUCUGUUCACAUAUAUCUUUACAUUUUUACUCCCUGCUACAAGAUACCAUUCACUGGCAUGACUGCGUCUUGCACCAUACCAAUGAGUUAAUAAAGUUGACCAGUUAUAAGGACUAUGGUUGUGCAAGGUCUACUCAUACGCUUCAUUGGAUGCCCGUGUAGUUACUUGAAAGCAAUCACAGACUUGUCCCCGUUAAAGUUCAAAAGCUAUCACGUGAUGCCAUAUUUUGAAAAGUUAAAUAUGUUCGGUGUUGUCGACCAACGUCCAAUGUCGAUUCAGCGUUCGUUCGUUUCAGAACCGUGUAUCAUUUCAUGUUGCUACUUCUCACCAGAUGACUAUUUUCUGGUAACUUGUGGAAAUACCGCUCUUCUAUUCGUUCUUAUUUGGGACACUAAGUUUUGUACUGUUAUACAAGUCUUGCCAUCCUUUAUUAUGCGCGCAGUCGGCUGGUGGUGGUUAGAAAGUUUGCUUUGGAUAUAUGAUGGUGGUCUCGUGAAGAUACCCAUUUUCAACGGACGAACCUUAAACCUUUCAAGCGCACGCUACAGGCCGUCCUAAACAACGGACGACGUCACAGCCGCAAGCUUAUUAGGAAAGGCGUAGUGUUCCGUGUUUUACCCUCUGCAAAAAAACGUGUUAUGUAUAUCAUGUUAUAUAUCGUGAACCAAGAUGGGAGAUCUGUAUGUGGUAUUAUGGCAAUUUUUGGCUUAGACUUUCAUAAAAGGAAGCCUUUCGUCUAAGGCGGUGUGAAUAAAAUAUUACCGCACAGCAGUGACGGAUGGAAACGACAACAACAUUGCAUCAUGGGAGUUGAGUUGUGUCAAAAUCGUCGCUGAGUGCCAGGGAAACUAUCCAUGACAAACCAGGAAGCAGUAUUACCAAGCCAUGCUAUGUUUUCGAAAGCCGGUACGUAUAAACCAUUGUAUAACAAUGAAUAUUAUUUCCGAGCAUAUUUUCAAAGGUGAGGCAACCAGGAAACGUUAGGGCCAUUUAUACUAGCGAAAAUAAGUCGCGGCCUAAAUAAGCCGCGGCUUAAAUAAGUCGCGAACAACUCGUAUAAACAGUCAAUUUCCAAUAAGCCGUGGCUUAUUUAGGCCUAUAGCUUUCAAGCCUGGGCUUAUUUUACCCGCGGCUUAUUGCAAAUUGACUGUUUAUACGAAUCGUUAGCGACUUAUUUAAGUCGCGGCUUAUUUAGGCCGCGGCUUAUUUUCGCUCGUAUAAAUGGCCCUAUUAACACUGUGGAAAAACGUCUGCGCAUGCUCCUGACUGAAGUUCGUCUGAUAUCAAAGUUAUUAUCAACCAAUGGGUAACACAAUUUAAGUCGCGGCUUAUUUAGGCCGCGGCUUAUUUUCGCUCGUAUAAAUGGCCCUAUUAACACUGUGGAAAAACGUCUGCGCAUGCUCCUGACUGAAGUUCGUCUGAUAUCAAAGUUAUUAUCAACCAAUGGGUAACACAGUAUUAUCAACUGUUGGUAGCACAGUUUAGGUUUCUUUCUGUAAUAUAAAGCAAUAAAGAGUAUGAACAUUGUGAGGUAUGAUUAUUGUGACAAAAGAAAGAAAAUAUGAAGCAAAUAAUUUAAACUAAAAUUCUGCCAAGAAAAAUCGACUUUUCCUUUUCUCGUUGUGCUCAAAUGUGAAACUUGAAUUCACAAGUAAGGGACGACCAUAACUGAACCUCGAGGAAGAACAGGAGGGGCCAAAAUGGUCGAGGGGCACCGGGGUGGGCCCCGGAGGGAAGCUUUGCCCCCAGUUAUAUAGUUAAAAAAAGCCCUGCCAUGAAAAGUAGUUUGUUAGAUGUUACAGUAUUUAAAGAGUAGAGAAGUUUGAUGAGUAUGAAUUAAAAUCGAUAUAAUACCGCGUACCGCGUGUGUUCUUUUGUUACAUACACAAAAUGCUGUUAUUCGGUGCAUGUUUUGUUAAACAAAAAUAAAAUUACAGUUAUUGGUGUUAUAGUUAAGAUUAAAUCUCAGAUAAAGGAUGAGUAUUAUAAAUAAAUAAAAUAUACUGAAAAAACAUAGAUGAGAAAAUGCUCAACUGCUUAACUGAUAAAUGCCCAACUGCUCAAUUGUCUUUUGUCAAUCCUUACUUACGAUUCAUUUUUAUACAAUUUGUAGACUUUGAAGCGAAAGGAAUUGCGCCAACAUUCAAACGAUGGAUUGAUAGACUAUUCCAGAUUGAUGUUACAGUAUAUUCUCACCUUCCUUCUCCAGCUGGGCAACUAUAUUCCACACCCGGAUUUUACUGGAAUCAUGCAGAGAAUUCGCAAUGCUUCACUGAGCUGGGUUCGCUUUGGUUGAGCCGAAAAAUUUGUAAUGGUUGUCGGAAACUGACUUGGAAAGACCGGUUGAAAGAUCGGCUUCCAGUGGUGGUGAUAGACUAAGUGUGGAUGAUGCAAAUGUUAGAAAUGAAGUGCAGGAGCAGAAGAGUAAAGUUUGUAAAGUCUAUUUGGUACAUGUGCAUCGAACAGGGUGAAGAAGUUGGCGAAAUUUUGCGUACUGCUAUUAUACUGGCUAUACUGCUACUGGAAAAAAUAACUACUUGGUCUCAACAUUCGUGUUGAUGAGGGUAAAACGGCUGGCUGUAUUUUGUGAGUUGAUUGGUUAUGGUGCUAAAUUUAACUUAGAUGAAAUUGAUGGAAAAGCUGUUUUGUUUCAUGGUGCUAAAAAUAACCUUGGUGCCGUAUUGGCGCAUUUAUUUCUCAGUGGCCUUGACCUCAACGUAACUGAUGAUGUUGGUAGAACUGCUGUGUUUUAUUGCGAUAAAGAUUUCUUGAGAGCAGCAGAUGAAGUUUCGAUAAAUGCAAGAGAUCUGUAUGGUAGAAUCCCAUUAUUCUACGCUUUUCAACGUGCAACGAUACAACAAGAGCUCGGUAUCUUAUUGAGAAAGGAGCAGACCUUCACGAUUUUUAACGAAACAAAUGUUUUAAAGGCUUUGGCCUUCGCUCGAGAGCAAUGUUUCAUCACCAACGUCAAUUACCUCUGUUAUUUUGCUUGUCAUCAAGUACCUGGAAAGUGGUAACUGAAGACAAUUAUUGGCAGUCGUCAAUCAGAGGAUUGGUAGAUGUCUGCAGAUUUUUGUUGAUCUAGCAGUAUCACCAAUGAUUCACAAAACGUCAUAGACUUUCCUUGUGUUGAGAAAUGUCAAGACAAGUCAUUCCUGAAAGAAACAGUUGGUGUAGAGUCCAGAGGGUGUCCGUCAUAAUGUGAACCAAGUGUAUGUCAUUCAUAAUUGGAUGCCAAAAAACUAAAAACGAAAUAAAUACAAACGUCAUAGACUUUCCUUGUGUUGAGAAAUGUCAAGACAAGUCAUUCCUGAAAGAAACAGUUGGUGUAGAGUCCAGAGGGUGUCCGUCAUAAUGUGAACCAAGUGUAUGUCAUUCAUAAUUGGAUGCCAAAAAACUAAAAACGAAAUAAAUACGAUCGUGUAUUAGUGUCCUUGUGUUGACAAAUGUCAAGACAAGUCAUUCCUGAAAGAAACAGUUGGUGUAGAGUCCAGAGGGUGUCAGUCGUAUGUGAACCAAGUGUAUGUCAUUCAUAAUUGGAUGCCAAAAAACUAAAAACGAAAUAAAUACGAUCGUGUAUUAGUGUCCUUGUGUUGACAAAUGUCAAGACAAGUCAUUCCUGAAAGAAACAGUUGGUGUAGAGUCCAGAGGGUGUCAGUCGUAUGUGAACCAAGUGUAUGUCAUUCAUAAUUGGAUGCCAAAAAACUAAAAACGAAAUAAAUACGAUCGUGUAUUAGUGUCCUUGUGUUGACAAAUGUCAAGACAAGUCAUUCCUGAAAG